AUGGAAGACUCAACUCUAAUUUCAGUCUCAGCGGGUGUUUUAUUCGUAUUUACAUUACUCUUCUCGUACGCCUACAAAGUAAUCAUGCCCUACAUGAAAGGAUACACAUAUAUAAAGUGCUUGACUGGGGGAUUUAUUAUUGGAAUUAUUCUUAUAGAAGUACUCCCAGAUAUUUACGAAACAAAAAGUGCUGUUCCCAUAAUUGCCACAGGACUAUCAUUCUUCUUGCUAUUUGCGAUUAGCAAACUAUACAUAGAGAGGGUUGAAGCCACUGAGCAAGAUUCUAUCCCAGAUGGAGCCAGCAAGCAAGAAGCCCUUGUCUUUAUUUUAGCCCUUAGUCUGCACUCCUUCAUGGAGGGCCUGGGUGUCUCCAGUAAGAAGGGAACACAAUUACUAUGGUACAUUAUAAGUAUACUUGUGCAUAAGUGGCUGGAGGCAAUUGUCUUAGGGGCUUCUGUUCUUACGUCUAAACUCCCUAGUCAUGUGGCAUUCUGUCUAAUCCUGCUGUAUUCAUCACUCACUUCAAUUGGCUCUUUAUUGGGUAGGUUCCUUUCCUCAGAUAGCACCAAUAGCAUGCUCACACUAAUCCUUAAUGGAAUAGCAGCAGGAAGCUUCUUCUACAUUGGAUUUGUAGAGAUGGUUGGUAAUGAAUUUGAGACUUCUUCCGGGAAAUUAACAAGAAGGAAGACAUUCAAAAAGAUCCUUUCAAUGUUCAUUGGUUUCUCCUUCAUCACAUCAGUUAUUAUGGGCGCACAUGCAAUCGAGGGGUAG